UCUGUUUCUUCUUUCAGUGAAGCUUAUCUCAUUUAUUUCCAAAUUUAGAUUUCUGGGGGAGACCAACACAUCAAAAGCAUUAGUGUUGCUAAGACAACUUUGUAGGCAAGAUCCUCGUGACAGAGUUGGAAAUACACUCUUACAUUUUGUUGUAUUUUAUAAAAUGCGCAAUGUUUCAUCGUCAUUUCCAGUACUUGAUGCACUGAAGCUUCUUUUGGAGGCAGGAUGUGACGUGAAUGCUGUCAACAACGAAGGAAAUACGCCACUUCACUUAGCUGUUACUUUAAAACCCAGCAAUGAAAGGGUGCAUAUUUUCACUAACAUGUUGAAGGUUUUGUUCGAUGGAGGUGCUCAUCAUGAUUUUGUCAACAAUGAUGGUGAAACACCCAUGGCCAUCGCUCAAACUGAUGAAGCUCGAAUGAUUCUUUCUUCAGAGAAAAGAAAACUGGACUUAAAGUGCAUCAGCGCUGGGGCUGUCAAAAAGUUUGGAAUUCCUUAUUCAGGGGUGGUGCCCAAAACACUGGAGAAAUAUAUUAGGAUGCAUUAAAUACAUCAGGUUAUUUACUAGAUAUGAUUUAAUUGACAUUGACAUGCUUGAAACUGAGUAUAAAUAACAAUGGAAGGUGUACGUGCGUGGAGAAAAGGCCCAAAAAGCCUCUGAUAGUCUGCUAAAUUCUAUAUUAACAUAUAUUACCAUAGUUUGUAUUUUCUCAAUAAACAAUUUUAAUUUUUUAAAUAAGAGUCACUUAGAGCCUAUUUUUAUAUAAACACCAACCAAAUACCAGGUGAGUUUUUGUGCGAAAACUUGAUAUCUUCACAUGUGAAAAUAUCACCGUUGCUAUGGCUACAUAAUAAAUUGUGCCUUUCACAC